AUGGGCAUUGAGCAACUUCGACUGUCGGUGAAGCUUGGUGGAGCCUCAGGUGAUGGAGGCGGCGAACGGAUCAGUGGGCAGCGAGUUGGCCAACCCAGGAAAUCGCCGUCUGCGCCCAGCUUCCACGACAAGAUGUAUGCGAGUCGUAAUACCAGUGAGCCAGUACUGCCGAAUCACGUACCAGCUUUGAAUAGUUCGAAUUCAGCAGAUAAUGCGUCGUUGAACGAUGCUGAUGCGAGUCUGAGCGUUAUUAAUCUAUAUGGGGAUGAAGUAGAGUCUCGCAGGGCCGAUGAUGGCGCACUACAGAGUCCAGAGGAGGUACUUAGUGAUGAUCCUGGUUUAUCAUCGACUCCUUUCGGUCAGAGGAGUAGUAACAGUGCCACUGAUGGCCCAGAUUUGGACAGAUAUGGUUUCAAGAAGCAGAACAACUUUAUCACGGAGAAAGAAUACAACAGGUGGUGGCGGGACUACUCACAGUACUGUGUUCGACGUAAGCAUAAGUGGAAACUGUUAUUAGAGAAAAGUGGAUUUCCAAUUGAUAAUGAUUCGCCAUAUCGAUUCCCGCCUCGAAGUGAAAAGCUGAAGAGAUAUGUGAGAAAAGGUAUACCAGCAGAAUGGAGGGGCAACGCAUGGUGGCAUUUUGCUCGAGGACAGGAGAAGCUGAAUAAAAAUAAGGGUGUUUAUGACACAUUACUGUCCAAGAUGGAUGAACUUAUUAGGAAGAAGAAAGUAGUGGCUGAUCUCGACAUCAUUGAGCGUGAUUUGAACAGAACUUUUCCAGAUAAUAUGCAUUUCCAGAGGGAGGCCUUCCAGACUGAGGAGCCCCCGAUGAUCAAGUCAUUACGUCGUGUUUUAGUUGCGUUCUCUCUUUACAAUCCGAAGAUUGGUUAUUGUCAAUCAAUGAAUUUUCUAGCAGGUCUGCUCUUACUCUUCAUGGACGAAGAGAGAACCUUUUGGAUGCUAGUUAUCAUCACUUCCAAGUAUUUGCCUGGUGUUCAUAACGUGAACUUGGAGGGAGUCAAUGUCGAUCAAGGUGUUCUAAUGCUAUGUGUUAAGGAAUAUUUACCUGAGUUUUGGCGAUUCAUUGUCCCAUUUCAAAACCAAACAGGAAGCGACUCGUCGCCCAAUUCUAGCCCAUCAUUGGGCAAAAAUGAGUUCUUGUACAAACUUCCCCCGAUAACGUUAUGUACCGCCAGUUGGUUUAUGAGCUGCUUUGUUGGAGUACUACCAGUGGAAAGUACGCUUAGAGUUUGGGAUUGUUUGUUUUAUGAAGAGUCAAACUUUCUGUUCAAAGCAUGUCUUGCUAUACUAAAGCUAAGCGAGCAGGAGCUAAUAAAGGCAAGGUCGCUCAAGUUAUUGCGGCAUCACUCGAUCUCCGAUGGUGGUGAUUACAACAAAAGAGAAAUACAACUAAAUCAGGACGAAACAGAGAUGGAAAUAUUCCAGGUUAUCCAGACGUUCCCAAAACGUAUGCUGAACCCCAAUGAUAUGUUUGACAAGGUGAUAUUUAAGAAAAGGAUACCACUGAAUAGGCUGGACCAGGACGAGGUAGAUCGUUGCCGAAAAUAUGUGGCGGCGCAGAGGUUGAAGUACAAGAACUAUCACGAGCUUAUCGGUACUAGCAACCGCACCAACGAAAGUGGUUUGAACGGCAGCAUCAUCAAUAGUGGUGAUAGAGAUGAUACAAAGCAUUCGGGAUUGGGCAGCGAAGAGAAUGCAGACGCUGCUGCGUUUGACUUCAACGAUGACAGAACUGCCAGUGAUUUUGUCAACAACGCACUCUCCUCUGAAGUUUAUGGAUUUAAGAGAGGUCUCAGUGGGGUUCAUUGGAAUAACAGCAUUAAGGAGAAGGUGAGGCAAAUGAGGAAGAGAAAGGUAUCGAGCAAUGAUCAAUUGAUGAAAAAUUGA